UGCUGCAUUUUACAAUCUGGAAAAUCAACAACACAAAGUCACUGUGCGGAUCUAUUCGGCUUCAUAUCUGCGUCAUCACGCUGCGCCUGAGCUGAGUAUCUUUGGCGCCAAAGAAGACUGGAGAAGCACUACUGUCCCGCAAUCUGUCCAAAAUAAAGAAAAGAUAUUGACACAUGCUUAAAAAUGGACAUCCGGAGGUUUUUUGCGCCCACCAAACCUGCGGCGCCCAAACCUUCAAACGGAAGCACCAGCACUGAUGAAGAACCGAAGAAGAAAAAGAAAACAAAAACUAAGGUCACAAGUCCCAAAUUGGAUGAGAAACCUACUGGAAAACGAAAAAAAAGAGUCAUAAUUGAUUCAGACUCUGAGGAUGAGAAGGAAGAGAGGAAGACCAAGAAGAGCACUAAAGAGACAGCUGCCUCCUCAGAGAAGAAACACCCAGUGACUUAUGUGUCUGAUUCUGACUCAGAUGAUACAUUUGUGACUCUGAAAAAGUCCUCCAAAUCCAGAGAAAAUGGAACAGUUAAAGGCAAGAAGGAAUCAGACUCAAAAAAAACUAAAGAGGUAAAAACAUCCUCCAGUAAAUCUCUGACCACAGCUGUGAAGGGAAGGGGGAAGAGCUCUCAGUCCAUCACCUCCCCAAAGACAGCACCAACCCCACUCAAACAGACCCCCACCUCAGUAAUGGACUUCUUUGGGAGCUCUAGUGUUCAGAGAUCGGACAAGAAAAUGGUGGCCAGUAUGAGCAUUAAAAGGAAGGCAGAGUCUGAAGAGUCACUCAUUGAUGAAGGCAUUGCACGAGAAAUGCAGAUGGAUGAUGACAUGGAGAUGGAGAAGCAGAUCCAUGAUGAUGAGGAAUUUGCAAGAACAUUAGCCAUGCUUGAAGUUCCCUUAGCGAAAAAGACUUGUGUAGACUCGGUUUCCCCCUCAAAGGGCAGCUCUCAGACAAAAACCUCAGAGACCAAGGCCAAGCUAAAGGACACAUCCCCUAAAACAAGCCCCAUAAAGACUAGCUCCAAACUGGCUCAGAUGAAAAGACAACAGGAACAAGUGGAAGUAGAAAAGAGAGAAAAGCAGAUUAAGAUCUCUCCAAAAAAGGAGCCAUUCUCACCUAAAAGCUCAGAGCGGGCCACCACGCCCAAAACAGGAAGUUCUACAGGAAUUACUAAAUCAAGUUUUUCUACACCUAAAAGUGAUGGUGCACUCAUUAAAACUUCACCAACAAAACCAGAGAAUACAAGUAUAGAGGACCUAGAAAAGAAACGGGCAAAUACAUCAGCAUACCGUAACUAUCUGAACAGAGAAGGACCUCGAGCACUGGGGUCUAAAGAAAUACCACAGGGAGCAGAUAACUGUCUGGAGGGGUGUGUGUUUGUGUUGACUGGUGUGUUAGAGUCUUUGGAGAGGGAUGAUUCGAAGUCACUAAUAGAGCGAUACGGUGGGAAAGUAACAGGAAACGUCAGCCGCAAAACCACUUACCUUGUUUUGGGACGAGACAGUGGAGUCUCAAAGACCGAGAAGGCGGAGAGUUUUGGCACUAAGAUUAUUAAUGAAGAUCAGUUUUUGGAGCUUAUAAGAACCAAACCAGGCAAGAAGUCCAAAUAUGAGAUUGCAGCAGAGGCAGAGAAUAAAUCGGCUAAAACGAGGACCCCAGACUCUAGAGGCAAAGCCACUCCUGCAACCAAAAAGGCCUCACCAAAAUUGCUGAGCCCUAAAAAGAGAAGCCCUUUAGUGGGGAAAUCUAAGCCUGGCUCUGCUUCUACCUCUGGAUCAUCUGGAGCUUCUCGUUCAAAUUCAGAUGUCAAAAAGAGUUUGAGCUUUGAUAAGACCAAGAUGACAUCUACCCCAGAGAAAGACGGGAGUAGCCUGUUGUGGGUGGAUAAGUACCGGCCACGUAGUCUGAAGAAUCUUAUUGGGCAGCAAGGGGAUCAGAGUUGUGCCAACAAACUUCUGCGUUGGUUACAGAACUGGCAUAAAAAUCACAGUGGCAAUGCAAAAGCACCAGCCAAGUUUGGUAAAUUUGGGAGUAAAGAUGAUGGAUCUGGAUUUAAGGCAGCAUUGUUAUCCGGACCUCCUGGUGUUGGAAAGACCACUACUGCUGCUCUCGUCUGUGAGGAGUUGGGUUACAGCUACGUGGAGAUGAAUGCCAGUUGCACCCGCAGUAAGAACAGUUUAAAAGAAGUGAUUGCAGAAUCACUGAACAACACCAGCAUUAAGAACUUCUAUACUGGUGCAUCUCAGACAGUGAGCAGUAAACACGUCCUUAUAAUGGAUGAGGUGGACGGGAUGGCAGGAAAUGAAGACAGAGGAGGAAUUCAGGAGAUGAUUGGUCUGAUAAAGCAGUCAAAGAUACCCAUUAUCUGCAUGUGUAAUGACCGCAAUCAUCAGAAGAUUCGCUCACUGGCCAACUACUGCUAUGACCUGCGAUUUCAGAGACCCCGUGUUGAGCAAAUCAAGGGGGCUAUGAUGUCUAUAGCUUUCAAAGAGGGUCUGAAGAUCCCACCCCCAGCACUGAAUGAAGUCAUCUUGGCAUCCAAUCAGGAUAUUCGUCAGGUGCUGCAUAAUCUGAGCAUGUUCUCAGCUAAAGACAAAGUCAUGACCUAUGACCAAGCCAAAGCUGAUGCUAACAAUGCUAAGAAGGACAUGAAAAUGGGUCCGUUUGAUGUGUGUCGGAAGGUGUUUGCCUCAGGGGUGGAAACUGCCCACAUGUCUUUGAUUGACAGGUCAGACCUUUUCUUCCACGACUACUCGUUAGCACCUCUGUUUGUCCAAGAGAACUACAUACAUGUCCGACCAGCCGCUGCAGGGGGAAAUCUGAAGAAUCAUUUGGUGUUGUUGAGUAAAGCAGCAGACAGCAUUUGUGAUGGAGAUUUAGUGGACAAACAGAUCCGCUCCAGACAGACCUGGUCUCUGCUUCCCACACAGGCGAUCUAUGCAAGUGUGUUGCCGGGGGAACUGAUGCGGGGUUAUAUGAGUCAGUUUCCAACCUUUCCCAGCUGGUUGGGCAAAUUCUCAUCAGCGGGCAAACACAGCCGCAUCAUACAGGAGCUCGCUUCACACAUGAGUCUUAAAACGUUAAGCAGUAAGGAAGCAAUAAAUCUGGAUUACCUGCCAUAUUUGCGUUCCGCAGUAUUGGAGCCUCUUUGGUCCCAAGGUGCUGAGGGAGCCAAUCAGAGUGUUAAGCUUAUGGACAAUUAUGACAUUAUUAAAGAGGAUGUUGAUAACAUGAUGGAGAUCAGUACAUGGGGCGGAGAACCAGAUCCUUAUUCUAAAAUAGACUCCAAGGUGAAAGCUGCGUUUACACGAGCAUACAAUAAGGAGUCCCAUCUAACUCCAUACUCUUUACAUGUGGUUAAGAAAAGCCGUAAAGGUGCUGUUGACCCUGAGCUUGUAGGAGAUCUUGACAAUGAAUCUCAGUUCCAGGAAGAGGAAGAAGAGGAAGGGCUUACCACAGAUGCCAUGAUCAAGCAGAAGAAAGCCAAACCAGCAAAAGAGGCCAAGCAGACGAAAGCAGGGGAUUCUGGGAAGGGGAAAGGCAAGGGUAAAGGAAAGGGAAAAGGAAAGAACAAAGACUGAGAUAAACAUGAGGAGAGAGAGAGAAGCCCCUCAUCUCUCUGUUUCAUAACGAUGAGUGGGUGAAGUAAAGAUGACAUCAGCUCCAUAAACAGAACGUUUUGUCUGUGACUCAUACUUGUGCACUUCCUGAAAACCAUCACUCAACUAAACCUGCUUUCAGCAGAGCAGGCACUGCAGGAACCAUGAGCAGGGGGUGGACCACACACUUCACAAAAGAUGUUAUUAUAUAGUUCACCAUUCUUCAAACAUAUCAGACUUGGCACAUGCAUUAUACUGUUAACACAUGGAGUUAAUGUUAUAUUCAUCUCAAAGGUAUACAUUAUUAAGGGCACUUAAUUUCAUCUCACUCUUGCAUCAAGAUGACAAACUGAGUAUUUCAAUAUAUUAACUCCUAGUUUUCAAACACAAACACGUGCGCGCGCACACACUUGUUCAAUAAAGACAUGCUUACCCACUUUAUUCCUGAAUGUCAGCUUAGUUGCCACAGAGCACCUAAUUGUAAAUAUCUAUCUGCCAUAUUAGCAUUUGUCCUUUAUAACUUUGGAUAAUGCAGAUAUAUAAAAUAAUCUCUGUUUCUUAGUGUUACAGCAUUUCUAUUUCAGCACUUUCGAAUACAGUCCGAUAGUGUGUAUUAUUAGCCUGAAGAUUACUCUGUAAAUGACUACUUUGUUUGAUUGAAUAAUUAAAAUGAGGAUUAUGUCAUAGUGAUGUAUUGUGUUUGCUUGUUGUAAUUAUCUCCAUGGCGCAUUCUACUUGAAGAUGCACAUCUAAAGAAUGUAUGAUGUUGGUGGCCCAGAAUGGCAAAAACAUCUAAAUUGUACUGUAGCUCCUAUGAUGUAUAUCUUCUAGGAGAACUGAGUAAACUGCUACAGGAAGUGUAUUUUUACAGGAGCUAAAAUGAACAUCAUUGCAGUCUACUUCUCAAUGCCUGUAGACUAACAUGAAGACUUUAUUAGGCCAUUAUGUACAGCAGUAAAAUGUAAUA